GGAAUCAACGCGGUUACUCACUCAUCUCUCUCUCUCCGUCUCUUUCCCUUUUCUUUUUUAAUUUUUGUUUCUUGAGAUUGGGAUUUUGGAAUUUUAUAUUUUUGUUUGUAGGAUUCUUCUUCUUUCUCUAAUUCUUUAUCUACGUCUUCUUCUUCACCCCACACCAGUUACCCCACUACAUUUCUCUCCACCAAUUCAUCAAAACAUUUCAUGUAAUUUCAACUCCUGGGUUUGCUUUUAAGAGAUUUGCCAACUCUUUUCUAUCCAAACAUGUAAAUUGAAAUCUGGGUUUUAUUUUUAUCUGUAUAAUUGUAUUCAAUCAUGUAAAUCAAAUUCUGGGUUUCAUCAAUCUGUCAAGUUGCACGUGAGGAUUGAGAAUAUCAUUUUGAUUUCUUUGAUUAUUCUACCAUUUUCCAAUGGAAGUUCUUCCUGAUGUUGAGGCCACUCAAUAUUUGAGUUUAUUUGCUGCCUUGUCUUAUGGAGCAACUUCAAUGGCUAUGGUCUUCCUCAACAAGGCAAUCCUCAUGGAAUACUCGUACUCAAUGACUCUCCUGACAGUCCAGCAAAUUGCAACUGCUCUGCUUAUUCACACCGGUCGUGUGAUGGGAUACACAAAGGCCAAGGCUUUGAGCAUGGAUACUGCUAAGAAGCUUCUUUGGGUGUCACUUUUCUACAAUGCCAAUGUAGCCUUUGCUUUAGCAAGCUUGAAAGGAGUUAACAUUCCCAUGUAUAUUGCGAUCAAACGACUUACGCCGCUUGCUGUACUGGUGGCUGGAUUCUUUUCAGGGAAGAAAAGACCUUCAAGACAGGUCAGUCUUUCAGUGAUUCUCACAGCUGUUGGGGUACUUAUUGCAGCACUUGGAGAUUUUUCCUUUGAUCUUUUUGGUUACAGCUUGGCAUUAAUUUCUGUCUUUUUUCAGACAAUGUACUUAGUCUUAGUUGAGAAAUCUGGUGCAGAAGAUGGGCUUUCAUCGGUGGAGAUUAUGUUCUAUAACAGCUUUUUAUCAAUUCCAGUUCUUCUGUUUCUCAUUGUAGCAACAAAAGAGUUUCCUGAUUCAUUAUCUUUGUUGUUUGCCAAGAGUUCUUCCCUGUCGUUUUUGGUGAUCCUUACUACUUCUCUAAUCAUGGGAAUUGCUCUCAACUUCACCAUGUUCCUGUGCACAAUAGUCAACUCUGCUCUGACAACAACUAUUGUUGGAGUUCUGAAAGGUGUUGGAUCAACGACCCUUGGAUUUGUGUUGCUGGGAGGAGUAGAAGUACAUGCUCUGAAUGUGAGUGGAUUGGUUAUCAACACUGCAGGAGGCAUCUGGUAUUCUUACGCUAAAUACCACGAGAAGAGAAAGAAACUACCUAAGACGACUCUUGAUGUGGAGGCACAUCGAAAAUAAUAGCAUUUUUAGUUUUUACUUUGUUACUUUCAUUUUGAUACACAUCAUUUUUUACAUCCGAUGUAUACUUCAUAUGAACCUCAGAAAUAGAGAUAUAUCUGUCACACAUUGUUCAGAAAGAAAUACAAGAUGUUGAAAGAUCAAGGGAUUUUACUUGUUCA